GAAUUCGGAAGCAUGCGACUUUCAAUUCCAAAAGUUUCGCAAAUAAAAUUAUAAUUACAUAAGUAGCUAGAAUUGAAAAGAAAAUGAGAAGACAUUUGAAAUAAAACAUUGCAUAAGUGUGGCAUAUUUAUUGGAGGAUGAAGCAGAGCCCUUGUUGCCCCUAUUUGGGAGCCUGAAAUUUUGGAAGCUGCAUUUCACUUUGCUCAUUCAUCACAUACGAUACGACGCAUCCACGAUCAUAAUCCGCAUACAAUAUUAAUUCACACUACCCAAUCACCACCAUUAUCCCAAUCUUGAAAAUAAAUAUCUCAACGCGCAGUUGCGUAUAUACAUACGCAUACGUAUGCAACUUGCGAGAAUCUUUUAAAUCAUAUGGUAAUUCCCCAUAAAGUCCCUCCCUUUUUUCCCCCUUUAUAAUUCGACUCUCUUCUUCUUCAUCCCCUCACCCACAAACAAGGAAUCUCAUAAAACCUAGCCAUGCCUACAAACUCUCUGCUCCUCCUCUCUCUCUGUCUCCCCCUCUUCCUCGCCCAGACAUGGGCCGCCGACAUGUCCAUCAUCUCCUACGACGCCGCCCGGACCGACGAGGAGUUCACGGCGAUGUACGAGUCGUGGAUCGUGAAGCACGGCAAGUCUUACAAUGCCCUCGGCGAGAAGGAGAAGCGCUUCCAGAUUUUUAAGGACAAUCUCAAGUACGUCGAGGAGCAGAACGCCGUCGAGGGGCGGACCUACAAGCUCGGCCUCAAUCGCUUCGCCGAUCUGACCAAUCAGGAGUACCGGAUAAAUCAUCUGGGGACCCGGCCGCGCGCCGCGCGGCGGCUCGCCGCCACCAAGAGCGAUCGAUACGCUUUGAGAGACGGCGAUGAUUUACCGGACUCCGUUGACUGGAGAACCAAGGGCGCGGUCGCUCCGGUCAAGGAUCAGGGCAGCUGUGGAAGUUGCUGGGCGUUCUCUACAAUUGCUGCAGUAGAAAGUAUUAACCAGAUCAAAACUGGUUCUUUGAUCUCGCUUUCCGAGCAAGAGCUGGUGGACUGUGAUACGUCCUAUAACCAAGGGUGCAAUGGUGGUCUUAUGGAUUAUGCAUUUGAGUUCAUUAUCAAAAAUGGUGGCAUCGACUCGGAUGAAGAUUAUCCUUACACAGGGAGGGAUGGCAAAUGUGAUACUUACAGGAAAAACGCCAAAGUUGUAUCAAUUGAUGAUUAUGAAGACGUACCUGUAAACAAUGAGAAGGCGCUGCAGAAGGCAGUUGCCAACCAACCAAUUAGCGUUGCCAUUGAAGCCGGUGGUAGGGACUUCCAGCUUUAUCAAUCAGGUAUAUUCACCGGAAAAUGUGGAACGAAUUUGGACCAUGGUGUGGUUGCUGUCGGGUAUGGUACUGAAAACGGCAAGGAUUAUUGGAUCGUUAGGAACUCCUGGGGUUCAAGCUGGGGAGAGGAGGGGUAUCUUAGGAUGGAGCGCAACAUUGCAGCUAAGACUGGUAUCUGUGGAAUCGCUAUAGAGCCCUCGUACCCAACCAAGACAGGCGAAAACCCUCCUAACCCCGGUCCAUCUCCUCCAUCCCCUGCCCCAAAACCCUCAGUUUGUGACAACUACUUUGAAUGCCCCGAGAGCACCACCUGCUGCUGCAUCUAUGAGUACGGAAAGUACUGCUUUGCAUGGGGAUGCUGCCCGCUGGAGGGUGCCUCUUGCUGCGAGGACCACUACAGUUGCUGCCCCCACGACUACCCUGUGUGCAACGUCCGUGCUGGUACCUGCUCAAUGAGCAAGGAAAACCCACUGAGCGUGAAGGCGUCGAAGCGCAUUCUUGCCAAACCCAUCGCCUUGGGUAGACAAGGGCUUAAGAGUGAUCUUUGAGACAAUGGGAUUGAAAGAAGGCAAGUAACCUCAUAUUGAAAUCAGAGGGUAUGGAAAGCUCUGGUUUGUACAUGAUUCUCCAUUUGCUUCAGAUUUGAAUCUCGAAAACCAAAGCAGAUUCUUGUGUAUAGUUGGAUAUUUAUUUAUGAUUAAGAUGUAAGAAGUUGCUGCUGUGAUCAUCCAGCGCGGCUCGGGGGAAUUGUGAUUUUACCUUUUCAGUUCAUACAUUCAAGAAACCCUUUUCCAUUCGGUAUUUAUGGAUUUGCAUUGCCUCA